GGGGGGGGGGGGGGGGGGGGUUGGGUGUGUAGACAAGAGGAGACAGGAAGCAAAGGUGUAAAUGAGCUCAUUCAGAUUUAACCCAAGUGGGAGCUUAAAGGGAUCAAAAGCCAUUCUCUUUGGGAAAAGCACCAAAACAAAUGUAUAAACACUUUUAUGCAGAUUUAUGUUUUUAGUUGAUUGCCUUUAGAAUCUUUUAAAUAAUUUCACUUUGCAAAGAGUGAAACAUGCUGUGCAUAGAUUUAUUAAACCGACCGCCUCCGUUCUUUUUCUAUGUUGGUUUUCAUCUAUGUAACUCUGACACGACUACCCUGAGCUGAGCUGUCAUGAUGAAAUAUAUCAUGAACAAGGACAGCUGAGUGCACAAAUUUGAGACUCUUUUAUAAUAUUGAACGUCAAAAGCAGAUGCUGGGGUCAAACUCAGCCCAGUUUUUCAUAUUGUGAUCAAGGAGUCAUUACGCAGAGUUUACUAGAAAGUAUGAGUCCCUUUUGUUUUCUUUGGGCGACCUGGUAAAGAGAGGGAAACAAACAUGUUUGGUUGUUGUUUAUGUUGACUGUCAUCUGUAACGACAAUGAAAAUAGCAUUGUGAAAACAACCCUUUCUUCUUCUGGCUCCAGGUUCUGAUAGAGAUGGUGCAGCAAACUCACAUUUUUGAGAAUAUUUUUCAAAACCAAAACUAAAGUAUAAUCAGCCUAAUACAUUUAAAGUAAUAGCAUUUUAUUACACUGUUUGCUGAAAUGGUAGAAAUGCAGUUUUCCUGAUUGAGCUGGGUCUCCAUCUUGUGGGGAUUUAAUACACUGCACCGUGUUGGUGCUCACCUUUUCAUUUCCCUGCAUUUUUCUUAUGUUGUUGUUGCGUUUCCCCUCAACAACCGAGUCUCUCCCUACCUGUUGUGAUUCCCCGCCUUCAAAAUAAACCAAACAACUGCACCUUUACUGUUAGGAAAAGUCCUUCCUGGGCUUCAGCGUUCAGGUGGGAACGCUCACAGGAUAUCCUGCGUGUAAUAUGACUCAGUGGACGGGGCCGGGCUUUACUCACAUCGUAUCACCGAACAAGCCCAGCCCUUCACGCCCCGGUCAGGUUGAAGGCUUUUUUUCCCACUCGGGUGAGGCUGAUCUGCUCUCACUUUCUCGGUCGACACUUGCGCAAAGACGCACAGGACGCUCUCCGCUGGAAAAAAGACUUCAACUCCCUGCCCGCUGUUUGCCCUUCGCUUAUCCUCGCUCCUCGCUCUCUGAUUGUCCAACAUGUUCCGUUGUGGGAUCGCCUACCCGCGAUGCAGGUGGAUCAUGCCCCUGCUUCUCUUCUUUGCCCUCAUUUUCGACCUGAUCGCCAUCGCCGCCCAGUCGGGAUGGGUCGAGGACGAGGACGCCGAGACCCACUACGCCAGUAUGUGGGACGAGUGCCAGGGCAGGAAUGACAACUGGGAGUGCAGAUCUCUCAUGAAGUAUCCUUGGGCCCAGGCAGUUGCUGCUCUCAUGAUCAUUGGUUUCAUCCUCCUGGUCGUAGCCUUUAUCGUCUCUAUCUACGCAAUGGUUAAUGUCUCCCCUUCAGCUAUGUCCGCGACAAGUGGCCUGCUGCUUGCUGUUGCUGUCAUCCAGAUCAUAGCUCUGAUCAUUUACCCCAUCAAGUUCAACGAGCACAUCUUCGAGGGCCAGUAUUACUACACGUGGGCCUACGGGUUUGGAUGGGGCGCCACCAUACUCUGCCUGGGCUGCAGCCUCCUCUUCUGCUGUCUGCCACACUAUGAGGAUGAGCUGAAUGGCGCCAUUAAGGUCAAUUACCUCUACACUUCUUCCUGAAGAGCAAACAUGCUCACCUGUUCGAUUAUGUCCACUUCCACCUGCCACUGGCGGCUGGAUCUGUGCUGACCAUCUCUCUCUCUCUACCAUUUCACCAAAGAUCUCCAGUGGUGCAGCUCAGUUAAAUUUGGCUUAGGAAUGGGAGCACCCCUUUUUCUUUAUUGUACCAUCCCAGAGGGAUGUGGACAGUAAUUCCAUGUUACACCAGCUUUAUUUGACUUUAAAGUAACACUGUUAACAUAAAUCCUAACACUAAACAUAUUUCUAGGCGUAUCUAUACAUAUAUUUUUUACUUUGUCACCCAAGUGUCCUUAUAAGGAGGUGAUUUGGUGUAAAGUUUAGCUUUCACCUGAUUUGUCUCACAACCAAAAUCUUACAAGAUGAGCAAUCCACUCUUGCAUAUUUGUACAGGAUGCAAAACGAAUGUUUAUCGUGGAUUUACUUCCUCCUGUGUGCUGUUGUUAGUUUUUCUCUGCUCUUCAAAGUGUUAUUGAUCACUUGCUAGGAAUGAGGGAAGGGCUGGGUCUUAGAGGCAGAAUGUAACCUACAGACAGAGAUUUUAAAAAUAGUUAAUCAGCAGCUGUUUUUGCACCUUUUUUAAUCGUUUUCUUAUCCACUAUUUGUCUGAAAGAUUUUGUAUGCUUAUCAUUACCAAAGGGGUGUAACUGGGAGGUAACCGUGUUGCAUUUGUAUAUUUAGUGUAAACCUUUAAAAACGUACUCUUUAAUGCAGUCACUUCUCUGUAAAUUUAGCUGUGUUGUCUGAGUCAAAUAGCUGAUCAAACCACUGUCUUACCCAGACAUUUUCUUUAGAGCUCUUUUUUUCCUCUAUUUUCCAAACAAAUCUGAUUUUUUUUUAAAUACCUUUAGCGAAGCAGUUUUUAUCCAAUAAAUUAAAGUUAGCAAUAAACUUGAAAAUAUGUCCUUUUCUUCCUUGAAAAUGAUGUCAGAAUUGGUUGAAAGGGAACAAUGUACACAUGUUGGUUUAUUCUGUUUUUAGUAUCUUGUUAUCUGGUACAUGUAAUAUGUGUAUUCACAUAUUUGACUUGAAUUAAAGUUUGUCUUGUUUUUUUGUUUUUUUUAGUUACACAAAAAUGACCAAACUUUUUUUCUAAAGUCUUUGAAAUUCUGAAAAUACCACCUUUAACAUUGUUGAUUCAAGACUAUUUCAGCUAGAGUGCUCACUAAUCAGUCUCUCUGUGUGUGAAAUCUGUGCCUUAGCUACUUUGGUGUUUCAGUGUUUUGGUGUUGAAUCUUAAAAGAUUUAUUAUACCAGUUGGUCUUGUUUUAAUGACCCGGGCUGCUUCUGUUCAUGUCAAGACCAAAUUCAAGCCCAAACAAGACAAACUUAUUAUGUCAUAAGUGAUUUCUGUUCCUCUUCUUUUUUAAAAGGGAAGUGAAAAAACGCAAAGAUAACACCACUGAUCAAAGCAAAGCUGCCAAAGUCAGUAACUCAACUUCUGCUUUUCUCAUCUGAGUUGGACUUGCUUAAUACAUUUUAUGAUCUGGCAGAAAUUCUAAAUGCUAUACUGUUCUGAGUAUGUUUUCAACCCAAGCUUUUCGAAUGAUUAGACACAAUAUUGAUAUGUCUACAUUGAUAUAUAUACUGUAUAAAAGGAAGUUCUGAUUGGAAAUAUCCCAUCUAUUUUUUCUGUCAUGAAUUAUUUUUGGUAGUUUGUGUAUUUUUAUGCAAUAAAGAGUUUGUUUGGAAGCGG